CAAAUUCUUCAGUAUGGCUCAAACGCACACAGCCAGUGGAACUGUCGACAAGUUUUUCUCGUCGUCGCUUCUCUUUCAUCGCAGUCGUCGCUCCCUCGACGCCGAUGGGAAUAGAUUUCCAACGUCAAUAAACGCGCGUUGGCGUCUGUAAAUUGUCGAUCUUUGACAGCGCUGACACUGCCGUAUAUUCGAUACAAUACGUCCUUGUUGUUUGUAUGGAAUGGCCAAUCAAUCGACCUUAUUGACAUCAGCGUUGUUGCUGAUGUCGAACUCGACCGACUUGGACCAGCAGAGCAUCGGCAGCAGUGAUACUGAGGACAACAGGUACGUGAUCGAGAGGUUCCGCUUGGCAUUCGUCGUGCUCGGCAUCGCUUUGGGAGUAAUUGCCAUUGGAUUCAACACGGCGAUUGUCAUUUCUUCACUGGUCGUCAAAUCGUCUUCUCUGAGAUUUUCGUCGCAAACAAUCAAUUUGAUGGCUUCGCUAGCCGUCGCCGACCUGUUUCUUCUUGUAUUCGGUCUACCUUAUGAUCUCGUCGCUGCCAACGAUAACCCCUGGCCCCACUGGCUAGAGGGGCGGAUUGGAUGCCCAAUGUCAGCUUAUCUUCCAGAAGCGUCACGCUUCGCCUGGGUGGGGACGGUCGCACUGGCCAUGCCUCUUCGCUGCUGGCCAUCGCUGAGGAAAUGGGGGCCGGCUUGGACGCUGCUAGUCUGGGCAGUUUCGCUGGUCGUCGUCAUUCCGUUCGCCCUUCACGUCGAUUGCCUCGGCCAGUCUCACACGACGACGACGGUCGAUUACGCCACGAUACCGGAAACGGCCCAUGGCUCGUUACUGGACGACGACGACAACGACAGCGCUUGUUCCUGCGUCUUCACCGUAAGCCAAUCGGAAGUCGUCCAGAUGUUCGGCUCGUCCCUGGUCGCCUACUCGCUCAUUUCCGUCAUGGCUAUCGGAAUGAUCGGCCUCAAGAGCCGACCAUUCUCGGAUGAGGCUCCACAUAUCAAAGUGAACACAUCCUCCAGAAGGCUAGUGACCAUGCUGUUAACAUUUAUGGCCUGCACCUUGCCUCGCUACGUCUACAAUGUCGUCAACUACUCGGAAGAGACCCGGACGGCCGAUGGCCUGUACGGAUUGACCAUGUCGAUCCUGGAAAUUCUUUGCUGCAGUCUCUUUUACGGCACGUCGUUGAUCCAUUUGAUGCUGUCGCCACAUCCCCGCUCGCUGCUCCGUCAAUUGUGUCGACAACAACAAGAUUACGCGAUAGAGGCCGAAGUCGCCUGAGCGAUCGAUAUAGACCACACUAUAACCUACGUCACGAUCAAUGUGUCAAAAGUUCAAUAUUCCUGUCUUGAAAGCAGCAGCGCAACAUUGGAGGUUAUUAACGAAAUGCAUGACGGAAAAUUUUGAAUUCUCCAGUCCCGUUAUGAAACUUUGAUUCACAAUGGGGGAGGAUCGAUGACGACGUCCGCCUUUUACGGAUAAUUAUUUAAAAAAAAGUGAUUAUACUAAAAAGCGGAACAGAGACGUACCUAACGAACUACCAACUUGACUUAUGUGACAUUGACUGCUGCAGUCAUUCCGCGUCGACGAAAUGUCCCAUUUCUAAGUAGACGAAUUCUCAGCGAACUCUCAUCACAGUUCUACUACACACUUGUGUGGAUAAUUAAGCGAACUCAAAAGUGCUGCACUCCAGUGAUUUGAAAUAGG